AUGGGGCAUGACAUUGUCACAACGGUCAACUACUACGACGACCCUGGAGACGGCAGUCCGCCGUUGCCAGUCUACGUUGGGAGCACCCAGGUCACCAACAAGCGCCCGACGGUCCCGGUCACCGUUAAAGUGACAGACGUGUCCGGACAAGAAGCCAAUUCUACGCUUGACAACCACGGCUUCCAGUACCUCAACCACACGAGUGCCGAAAAGGGGUUCCACGAUGACGCUACUAUCCGGAGCCACUACUACCCCGAAUGCGAGCAGCUUCUGAAGGACGUCACCGGCGCCUCCCGCGUCAUCAUCUUCGGCCACCAAGUGCGCCGCGGCCCGGCGGACUGGCACCGCAUCAGCGCCAACAACACCCGCGUGCGGGGCCCGCUGCACCGAGCACACGUCGACCAGUCCUACGACGGCGCCGUGAUCCGCCUGCGCGAGCAGUUCCCUGACCCGGAAGAGGCUGCGGCCGUGAUGCAGCGGCGGUGGCAAAUCAUCAACAUCUGGCGCCCAAUCAAACCAAUCCAUCGCUCGCCGCUAGCCGUCGCGGACGCGACCUCGGUAGCCGAAGCCGACCUCGUGCCGGCGGCCAUCGUGUACCGCACCGGCACCGGCGCGGGCGAGCGGCGGCAGGAGUCGUGGACGGUGCGGCCCUCGGCAGCGCACCGCUGGUACUUCAAGCACGGGCAGCGGCCGGACGAGGUGCUGCUGCUCAAGUGCUUCGACAGCGUGGCGGACGGGCGGGUUGUCAAGGCCCGGCGGGCGGUGCACUGCGCGGUGGAAUAUCCCGGGGACGACGGGGACCAGGGUCAGCAGGAGGAGAAGGGGAACAGGGAGAGUGUGGAGGUGAGGUGUUUGGUUUUGUAUUAG